AUGCCUCCGAAGGCAAGAUCUGCUAAGCCUGUUAAGCCUGCCAUGAUGGACCCUGCUGCUGCUGCGGUUACGCUUGCGACUCCAGCCGCAGGUCCUUCAUCAAGGCCGAUCUCGGCUUCCGCCGUUCCGUCUAAGUCGGCGCGUACGCUUUUUGCGGAAGAUGACACGGUGUUCCUGACAUUGUCGGCCAAGCUGGCUGCUAUCAGGAUUGAACAAGCUGCUGGUGGGAAGCAAGACAAUGGCAAAGGGAAGGAUGCUGAUUUCAAGGAUGCUGUGUCAGACGCGGAGGAGGAUCACUCUGCAGAGGAGGUAGAAGGUGUCGAAUCUGGUGCUGCUCGGCGUACCUGCUUCCUUGAUGAUGAGGAUGAUGGCCUCUUGGCGCAUGACCCGAAGGAAUGUUUUGAGGAGAAAGCGAAGGAGGAGCUGGCGGCGAAGCUGCGCUUUCCGCUCACCCUCCUGAUUCCAAAUGAUCGUCUGCAAGAGGUUCGGCGCACGCAGGCGACGGUUAAGGAGCUGCUGAGUUUAUGGGUGAAUUGCAAUGAGCUUACGGAGAAUGCGGCUAAGACAACGACCUUCCAGGAUCUUAACCCAGGUUACAUUGCGAAGAAGCUCUAUGGUCCGGCUGCGACUGUAGCCACGGCGACGACCAAGAUUGUCCUCAAGGACCACGCGCUUGUGCUGAUCUCAACGACCAGCAAUCGGGAGGAGUGGGUCUGCCUGCUGGAGUGCUGCGAGAAGGGGAAAGGUGGUUCUUUCGAACAAGCUGCUCAUCAUGUGCUAUCCCAGCGUCAUCGGGGGGGGCUGGCGAAGCAGGGUGCGGCAACGCGUGUGCUCAAGGCCAAUCUGAGUCUCCGCGUGUUGCGCAAGGAGUAUGGGGUCUAG